AUGGCAGAAAACACUGCAAAGAGGAUUUUUAAUGAGAUGCAACGUUCUGCAGAGAAGUUUCUUAAUGAGAGGGCAUUUGCUUCUCAUUUUCCAGAUGUAGUUACAUACAUCCUUAUAUUAAAUGGUAUUUUCCAGAAUGGGAAAAUGGAGGAGGCAGUAAAAUUAUUUGAAUCCAUGGAAAGUCCUGUUGAUAUUGACAUGUACAACAUUCUUAUUCAUGGUUUUUGUCAGGCUGGCAGGUUGGAAAAUGCAAGAAAACUUUUUAAUCACAUUCCAAGAAAAAGAUUAGUUCCUAAUGUGGUAACAUACAACACAAUGAUCAGAGGUCUAUUUUCUAACAAGAUGUUCUUGGAAGCUGCCAAAUUAAUCAUCAAAACUGAAGAGGAAGGUUGUUUACCAAAUUCUAAAACAUAUGAUACCAUCAUCAAUGGUUUUUUAGGAGGAAAAGAGACAGGAAAGGCAUUGCAGUUUCUUCGCAAGAUGUAUGGAAGACACUUUGCAUCAAGUGAUUCUACCGUCAUCAAUGGUGGUUCCGGAGGAAAGAGACUGGCAACGCAUUGCAGAAUCUUCGCAAUAUGCUAA